CCUUCCGGCGCGCGGCUGCCCCAUCCCAGGCCCGCCGGGCCUUGGCGCGUAGGCCGCCACGGCCGCCAGUGGCGGCGCGCAGGCCUCCGGGCGGGCGGGCCUCCGGCGGUCUCGGACGCCGGGAUCCCGUGCGCUUUGCCCACCCGCCCGCGAGGCCCUAGCCGAGCUUCGCCCUCGGAGCCGCGGCAGGGCCCGAAGACCCCGACCAGCCCCGACUCCACGGAGGAGGAAGAAAACGUUCCGCUCCGGUGCGAGGCGCACGCCGAGAGAGGGCAGAGAAGUUAUCCUGCACAGUGACAGGAGGAACCAAGAACUUUAGGCACAGCAGCUACUGCAAGGAAAUGUGGACCCCAGGCCUCAGAAGCACCUGUUGAGAGGACCAGUUCUCCCUGCAGCCCCCAAGUGAUGGAUGGCUUCAGUCCGCUGGCGGAAAGCAAGCCAGCCCAGCUGCAGAAUGUGGCUUGUGUGACCCGCUGAGGACCGCGUGCCGUGCAUCGCUCCAGGGGCAAGAGCAUGAAAAACGCCCACCCCCAAGGCUUCGCGCAGGCCCUUGCAGGCAAAGUUACUGAAUGGCUGACAUUUGACAACAUGCACCACCAGUGGCUUCUGUUGGCUGCUUGCUUUUGGGUGAUUUUCAUGUUCAUGGUGGCUAGCAAAUUCAUCACGUUGACCUUUAAAGACCCUGAAGCCUACAGUGCCAAGCAGGAGCUUCUGUUCCUGACAGCCGUGCCAGCCGCGGAGAAGCUGCCGGGAGAGAGGCUCUUCCCUGAGGACUUGAAGCCAACUGGGAAAAUGCUUUCAGACAGCCAGCUUGUUCAGACCCUCGUCUACAUGGAGCGCCUGGAACUCAUGAGAAAUGUGUGCAGGGACGAAGCCCUGAAGAAUCUCUCACACACCACAGUCUCCAAGUUUGUCCUGGACCGAAUAUUUGUCUGUGACAAACACAAGAUUCUUUUCUGCCAGACCCCCAAAGUGGGCAACACCCAGUGGAAGAAAGUGCUGAUCGUGUUAAAUGGAGCCUUUCCUUCCAUCGAGGAGAUCCCCGAAAAUGUGGUUCAUGACCACGAGAAGAACGGCCUUCCUCGUCUCUCCUCCUUCAGCGAUGCAGAGAUUCAGAAGCGCUUGAAAACAUACUUCAAGUUUUUUAUCGUAAGAGAUCCCUUCGAAAGACUGAUUUCUGCAUUUAAGGAUAAGUUUGUUCACAAUCCACGCUUUGAGCCUUGGUACAGACAUGAGAUUGCCCCUGGAAUCAUCAGGAAAUAUAGGAAGAACCGGACAGAGACCAGGGGCAUCCAGUUUGAAGAUUUUGUGCGCUACCUGGGUGAUCCAAACCACAGAUGGCUGGACCUGCAGUUUGGGGACCACAUCAUUCACUGGGUGACGUAUGUAGAACUCUGUGCUCCCUGCGAGAUAAAGUACAGUGUGAUUGGUCACCAUGAGUCCCUGGAGGAUGAUGCCCCCUACAUCUUAAAGGAAGCUGGCAUAGACCACCUGGUGUCUUACCCGACCAUUCCCCCAGGCAUUACCGUGUAUAAUAAAACCAAGGUGGAGCAGUACUUUUUGGGCAUUAGCAAACGAGACAUCCGGCGCCUGUAUGCACGUUUUGAAGGGGACUUCAAGCUCUUUGGGUACCAGAAGCCAGAUUUUUUGCUAAACUAAUAUGUAGGACUGUGAAUUCAAGUAUCUUUGUUAGACCAGGGCUAGCUAGGUGGAGAUCUGAGUACAGAAAUGGCACUUGCGCCAUUGCACUCCUAGACUCCCUCAGUCUCUACAGACCUAUGCCCCUCAGCAGGUGAAGCUGGACCCUGACCAUCAGGCCUUAGUGUGGACAUAGGUACGCUGAGGCCCUCGCCUCUGGCUCCUGCCAGUGCUCUUAGGCCUGGGCUCUCCUCAGAAGGGGGCAAGGAUGAGACACUUUCAGUCUCACAGACCAGGAGGGAGCAUAACACAGCAUCAGAAGCCAUUCUCCUCAGUUGUCAGAGGCAGGCAGGCGCACUGAAGGCUGCCCGGUGCUGGGCACUCCUGCGUGUCCCCAAGGGAUCACAGGAAUGGCACCCAGUGCUUUCGGGGGAGAUGGAGAAGCUCAACAGCCUGAAAAAGGCACAGGGGCUACAACAGGAUCAAAUCUGAGUAAUAAAAUUACACCUCUGGCUUCCAUGUUGGCGCUGCUAUAACCACAGAGGUAAACCAUUCUUUCCCUGACUGUUGUGUUUCUGUGAAGUUCAGGGAUGACAUCUCAGCAGUCCAUCUUUCCAGAACACAUGCCUGUGAACUGGUGGUCCGGAUUUCUGAACCUCUGCCUGCCAAGUGUUUAUCUCAUUCAGCCCAAGAGACACAAUUUUGGAAGAGGGGAGUGUAUAGUCUUUCCACCUGAGAAAGGGAACAUUUUGGGGGCCUUAAAGGGAAUGUGGCAUGGGGAGAGGAAGGGCUGGUUGGUGUGUGGGGCUCAGGCUGCUGUGGUUGCGGGCAUGUCCACCCUGAUUAUUGUCCUCUUGUCUUCAACUGACCCAUCUGGAUAGGCAACAGGGUUCUCUGCCUGUCUCCUCCAGGACCAAAGGCAAGUCCAGGCAACAUGCUAGCAGUGCAGAAUCCAUGAGGUUUACAUAUUUCAGUUCCCUUUCAUCUCAGCAAAAUGCUCACCACGGGGCCUAUUUCUGAUAAUGCCAUCAGCCUGGACUAUAAGUUGGAUAAUCAGGUUCACCAGCAAUAAACCCUGGGCCAAGGCAGCCUCCAGUAAUGCAUCUUCCAGGAACUGACGAGUGUCUCAGGUGCUGUGAGACAGUAAGAGCCCUUGAGAUACGGGACAAUUUCCUGGUGGGACGCUCCUAGUGCCCGAGAGUCCAGCUUUUCUUCCCAACAGCCUCAACCUUCCCUUUAUCAGAAUGGCUUCGUGAGUUUGUAAACGUGAAAGUAAAAUAAAACAUAUGUGCCAAACCUGA